UGUUGUUGUUGGAGGUUAUCGCUUUUCCCUACGCUUUUCCCCACUUUUCCGAGAGUUUUUCCUUCCCGAAGCCGCGCACCAAUUAUUGGCGUUGUAAUUGUCCACGGUAGGGACUGAUGCGUAAAAAAUCUACAGCCACCGGAGGACACCGAAACCGUGAGCAAAGAGUGCGGCGGAAGGAGGAUCGACACCCACAACCGCCCACCCCGGGGAGUAUCGUUAAUCUUUGUUGGGUAGUGAAACGCAUCUCCGUGGGGAUGACGUACAAAGCGUAGUAGUUUGUUUGCUUACGAUUGCAAACAGAUACUGACCACCGCUGCGUAGCUCCACCGAGUGUCCCGCAGGACCAGUAGCGUAGCGAUGAUGAACUUAGUGGACUGCAAUCCGUAUGGUAACGGAUUGCUGUACGCAGGAUUUAACCAGGAUCAGGGAUGUUUCGCUUGUGCGACCGAUAACGGAUUCCGGGUGUACAACAGCGAUCCUCUGAAGGAAAAGGAACGACAAAUCUUUCCCGAUGGCGGUGUGGCAUACGUUGAGAUGCUGUUCCGCUGCAACUAUCUCGCACUGGUCGGUGGUGGCCUGCGGCCGCUCUAUCCACCGAACAAGGUGCUCGUGUGGGACGAUCUCAAGAAAGCGCCCGCCAUUUCCCUCGACUUCAAUGCCCCGGUCAAAGGAGUGCGACUGAGGCGCGAUCGCAUUGUGGUCGUGCUCGAGGGCAUCAUCAAGGUGUACACAUUCACGCAAACGCCCACCCAGCUGCACGUGUUUGAGACGGCCAAAAACCCGCAAGGCCUGUGUGUGCUCUGCCCGAACAGCUCCAAAUCGCUGCUCGCUUUCCCGGGCCGUCGAACGGGUCACGUACAGAUAGUGGAUUUGGCCAACACGGAAAAGGCGCCACAAGAGAUCAUUGCGCACGAGACGGCAAUCAGCUGCAUCGCUCUAAACCUGCAGGGCACACGCAUGGCAACGGCCAGCGACCGGGGUACGCUGAUCCGGAUAUUCGACACAAGCAGUGGGGCGAAGGUGGCCGAACUACGGCGCGGCUCCAAUCAGGCAAAGAUCUACUGCAUCAACUUUAAUCAUCAAUCGACGUCGGUGGUCGUUUCGUCGGAUCACGGUACGAUACACGUAUUCAACCUCGAUGAGCCGAGCAAGGGCCGAGACAGUGCUUCGAGUGGCACAGGCAGUGGAGGAGGUGCGGGUGGAGGCAGUGGCGUAGGAGGAUCCAGCUUGUUGACACGAUACUUCACCAGCCAGUGGUCGUUCUGCAAGUUUUCCAUCCCCCAAGGACCGCCCUGCAUUUGUGCGUUUGGAUCUGAAAACAAUUCGGUUAUUGUGAUAUGCGCAGAUGGACAUUACUACAAAUUUGUCUACAACAACAAGGGCGAAUGCUCGCGGGAAGUGUGCUCACAGUUCCUUGAGCUAUCGGAUGACCAGACGUAAGGUCACAGGCGUAGUUGACAUCAUUGAAAGCUAUUUUUAAUAAACCAUACUCACAUACACUAAACACACAUACAGAUACACACACACACACACACACACACACAUACACACACCUACGUUCGCGCAAGCAUAAUUGAAAGUCGUGCGCAGCUGAAUAGAUAACGGUAUAGAAGGCUCAGAAGGCAUUGUGCGCGUGGUAGAUGAUAAAGGCAAAUGGGGGGAUACCCUGUCCGCUUACCAUUCGAUGGACCAGAAGCUCUAGCGUGAACACAGUAUGGGGGAGGGCUGCCUGUCGGAAACGUGAUACGGCUUUGCACUGUAUCGAUCGAUGGGUUUGUCCAGGAGGAGACAAUCGUUGAUGUUGGCAAGUACCGGCGCCCUGUUUGCUGGACCGUUUUAGAGACUGUGUGCGAAAUAAGCGCUACAGGAACAAAAAGUGCUAAGAAACUUAUAAAUAAACUCGUUCGAAUGUGUCUUGAAACGAUUUGCGGAGUUGGCUCCUUCUAUUACUGACUUAAUAAGGUUGAGCAACUCUGAUUUAGCUCUAAUUUUAUUUUAC